CGGUUUCGAGUUGUGUAAGCAGGCGGUGAAUCGGUGUGUCUGUAAUUUACACGGGUAAUUAUUAUAGAAUGCAGCCGUAAGCAGUUUCGUCCAUACUCCCUACUAGUUUCUAUUCUAGUGAAGCCUAGGUGCUUGUAACGCCGUUUGAUAUCAAGGAACAACGCCGAUUAAUAUGGUAGUUUACACUUCAAGUUUGCGCUCCCUCGUCGUGUUGGAAUUGAAGAACGUUCUCAAGGGAAGAGCAUUUUGCACCAGUGCCAGGAGUACUACAGUUGACAAGCCUGAUGUCAACUACCACUAUGAUAUUAAGGAGGUCAAGCAUCACGAGACCAUGGCCAAGGAAUGGUGGGACCCGGCUGGAGGAAUGAAGGCCCUCCACGCCAUGAAUGACCUUCGGAUCCCUUUCAUCAAGAAUGGACUGGUCAAUUCUCAUCGGCUGAAGGCUCUUGAGGUGAAGAACAAGGUCAAGUUUCUGGAAGGAGUGAAGAUUUUGGACGUGGGAUGUGGUGGAGGAAUUCUAUCCGAGGCGCUGGCCAGACUAGGAGGGUCGGUGACCGGUAUAGAUCCUAGUGACAGUCUGGUGGGCGUCGCCAGAUCUCACUCCAAGUCUCUACAGAACGCUGAGCCUCCUACCUACGUGGUCAGCACAGUAGAGCAGCACGCACACCAGGCCAUGGCCACGUACGAUGUGGUCGUAGCGUCGGAGGUCAUAGAACAUGUCACCGACAAGGAGUCCUUCUUGGCUGCCUGCAUUGCUUCUCUUAAGCUUGGAGGGUCCCUGUUCAUCACCACACCUAACCGCACCAUAGCUUCGUGGCUAGGAGGCAUCAUCAUGGCAGAGAACCUACUCAACAUGGUCCCCAAGGGAACUCAUAGCUACUCCAAGUUCAUCAAACCUUCCGAACUAUCAGUAUUAUGUGAGAAAUACGGCUGCAGUAUCCAGCUUAUCAAUGGCAUGUUUUACGAUCCAGUCCGAAACAAAUGGAUGUGGUCACCAACAAAGACAUUUAUCUACUCUUUACAUGCUAUUAAAAUCAAAGACCUCUUUAGAUAGACUGAUUCGUUUUGUAUAUAAUUUUACAUUAAGAUGUUCUUGUUAACGCAAUAAAUAUUUGUAUUUGUAAUAA